ACGAGCAGCUGUUUUAUGUCAAAUGCCAACGUUCACGGAGUGACUAUCCUGGCCUGCAGUUUGCAUAAUUUUCCCAUAACAUUAGUCAAUUUAUUUAUAAUUGGUGUUGUUUAAUUCGUAGUAAAUUUAUUGCAAGUAUUUCACUUUAAAUGAGAGGAAAAAAUAGAAAAGUACAAUAAUAGAUACGAAGAUGUUUCGAGCCCAGAAAUAUGGUGCGACUAUGCGAAAAUUCUUUCGGACAUUUGUGCAGAAUUCAGAAAAAUUGCAACCAGCGACAGUGCUUGCGAGCUUCCCAAAGGCAGCAGCUUUGCAUCUGAACAGAAGACAGAAAAAAUUGCUGCGUGCGGAAUACAAUGCUGUCCUCCUACUUUUGGACAGAUCUUUUGGAGUAAACGGAGCAACUCUAAGACAAUUCCAUUCGGCUACAGUACUUAAUGGGAAAUAUGAAAAAAAUAAAGACUCGCAACAAAACAGCAAUAAUAAAUCGAAAUCAUCGUCAGCGCCUUCAUCAAGUAGUCCACCAAAUAAUAAAAACAAUAGCAAUGAUAAGAAAAACGAUAACAACAACGAUGAGAAAGUUAUGUCGCUACUAACAAAAGCUGUUCUUUGGAUGAUAACUGUGUACCUAUUCAUCAUGUUCGCCUCGCUUUUGUUUCCAAGUAAAACGAAUCCUGAAACGACAACCAGAUACGUGUCUUGGAAUGAAUUCGUUCACCACAUGCUGGGUGCAGGUGAAGUGAAGGAGCUUAUUAUAAGACCAGAUAUGGAGAUGGUGACCAUUAUUCUUCAUGACGGGGCUGUUGUGAAAGGUCGUCGAGUUGAGUCCAAUGUUUUUCACAUGGCUGUCGCUGAUCCAGAAAAAUUCGAAGAGAAGCUACGAGAUGCGGAAAAAAGGUUGGGCGUUUCAGAAGGCGUUUCAAUUACAUAUGAUAGGAAUGGUGACAUAACAGGACGACUGCUAGUUUUGCUGAUUCUGUUUGCGUUAUUUAUGACCCUCAUGUCACGUGUGCGAGGAAUCAAAAGUCCAAUCAGCAUGGACACAUUUACCCAAAUGGGCCGCGCCAAAUUCACACUUGUUGACCCAUUUGAAGGGGGUCGUGGAGUGCUUUUUAAAGACGUUGCCGGUUUGAAGGAAGCUAAGCAAGAGGUCAUGGAAUUUGUUGAUUAUUUGAAAAGUCCAGGGAAAUAUCAAAGACUAGGCGCUAAGGUUCCCAAGGGAGCUCUUCUAUUAGGUCCACCAGGAUGUGGUAAAACACUUCUGGCUAAAGCGGUAGCAACUGAAGCUCAAGUACCCUUUUUAAGUAUGAACGGAUCAGAAUUUAUCGAAAUGAUUGGUGGUCUUGGAGCCGCUCGUGUUCGAGACUUAUUUAAGGAAGGUCGAAAGAGAUCACCUUGCAUCAUAUACAUCGAUGAAAUCGACGCUAUCGGACGUCAGCGCUCUGGUAUCGGAAAAGUAGAUCAGACGAGUUCAGGUGAAUCCGAACAGACUCUGAAUCAGCUUCUUGUAGAACUUGAUGGUAUGGCGUCUAAAGAAGGAGUACUGAUGCUUGCUAGUACGAAUAGAGCGGAUAUUUUGGAUAAGGCGUUACUGCGUCCAGGUCGGUUUGAUCGGCAUAUUCUCAUUGAUCUUCCAAAUUUGCAAGAAAGACGUGAAAUUUUCGAAAAGCAUUUAUCAACAAUUUCGCUAGAGAAGGAACCGAAAGAGUAUUCUAACAGGCUUGCACGAUUGACACCUGGGUUUUCUGGUGCUGAUAUUGCAAACGUAUGUAAUGAAGCAGCUUUGCAUGCUGCAAGAAACUUACAAAAGCAUGUGACUACGAAAAAUCUUGAAUAUGCUGUCGAGCGGUUAGUGGGUGGCACGGAAAAACGAUCCCAUGCCCUCUCGCCAACCGAACGACGAGUCAUUGCCUUUCACGAAUCUGGUCAUGCUCUUGUUGGAUGGCUUCUGCCGAAUUCCGACGUUUUGCUCAAAGUGACGAUUGUCCCAAGGACAAGUUUGGCAUUAGGCUUUGCCCAAUAUACACCGAGCGAGCAAAAACUAUUCUCUAAGGAAGAACUGUUUGAUAAAAUGUGCAUGGCGCUUGGUGGGCGAGCGGCAGAAAAUCUCAUAUUUAACCGCAUAACUACUGGCGCCCAGAAUGAUUUAGAAAAAGUAACGAAAAUAGCAUAUGCUCAGAUUAAGAAGUUCGGAAUGAGUUCAAAGCUUGGGCCAGUGUACGUACCGGAUGAAAGUGAAACAGAAAUGGCUUUUGACAAGCCAUUUUCUAAAGCCUUAGGAGAUAUUAUAGAUAAAGAAGCCCGCCAACUAGUCACGGAAGCUUAUGAACGAACGGAAAGAGUACUUCGUGAAAAUAAAGAGAAACUGACUAAGCUAGCGGAAGCCUUACUGGAACGUGAAACCUUAAAUUACAAUGAAGUUGUUGAGUUGAUUGGAAAACCGACACAUGAAGCAGCUCGGCGUAAAAUUGAGCCUGAGGACUUUGAACACUCGCUCAAAGAUCUCUCGACAACAAAAGAAGGAUAGAGAUACUAGUCUUUUUUAUUUUUAACGUUAUUAAUAAAAGUAGUAUACUUUA